AUGGGUUCUUCCUUUGUUUCCAGUUUUCAGGUCAAGAAAAAGCAAUUUUUCAAGAAUUUCACCACAAUAUUGUUGUUUGGGGUAGUUGGUACUGUAAUUUCAUUUUGCCUUAUAUCAUUAGGGGCCAAUUUGUUAUUUAAAAGAAUUGGUGUGACAAGCCUUGAUAUUCAAGAUUACCUAGCUGUUGGUGCCAUAUUGUCAGCAACUGAUUCAGUUUGCACGCUGCAGGUUCUCAAUCAAGAUGAAACGCCCUUACUUUACAGUAUUGUAUUCGGUGAGGGAGUGGUGAAUGAUGCCACCUCUAUUGUGCUUUUCAAUGCAGUCCAAUCACUUGAUGUCAGCAACAUCGAUCUGCUUACAGCAUUAAAAUUGUUGGGGACCUUCCUUUACCUCUUCUUCACCAGUACUGCUCUUGGUAUAGCAGCGGGUCUUAUAAGUGCGUAUAUCAUAAAGACACUUUACUUUGGAAGGCACUCCACAGACCGUGAAGUUGCACUCAUGAUGCUUAUGGCCUAUUUGUCAUACAUGUUGGCUGAGCUUUUAAAUCUACGUGGGAUUUUGACAAUAUUCUUCUGUGGCAUUGUCAUGCCUCACUACACUUGGCAUAAUGUUACAGAAAGCUCACGAGUUACAACCAAGCAUGCAUUUGCAACAAUAUCCUUCAUUGCAGAGACUUUUAUAUUCCUAUAUGUUGGCAUGGAUGCCUUAGACAUUGAUAAAUGGAAAAGCAGCAAAGCAAGCCCAGGAACUUCCAUUGCUGUGAGUUCAACAUUGUUUGCAUUAGUGUUGGUUGGAAGAGCAGCAUUUGUGUUCCCUAUUGCCAAUAUUACAAAUUGCAUAAAGAAAAGACCAAGUACGAAAAUUGAGUUACGGAAACAGUUUAUAAUAUGGUGGGCAGGACUUAUGAGAGGUGCAGUAACUAUCGCCUUGUCUUAUAACCAGUUUGCAAAUUCUGACAAGACGUUAACAGAAGAUAGUGCACUAAUGAUCACCUCAACUAUAAUUGUUGUUUUGUUAGUGUUUGGUUCCAUAACAAAGCCACUUAUUAAAGCAAUGCUGUUAAGGAAUGCAAAACCAGCACAUUCAGAUGCAACUGACAUACCAAGUCUAGAUGACUUACAAAUAUUAUUCCUUAAAAAUGGUGAUCCAAGUGAUCAAGGUGGUAGCAAUGAACCUGCCCACCGGAAGGGUAGCUUAAGCUUGCUAAUAAGUAACCCCACUUCAACUGUUCACUAUUUUUGGAGAAAGUUUGACGACAAGUUCAUGAGACCAGUAUUUGGUGGACAGGGUUUUGUCCCAUUUGUUCCUAGUUCUCCAACUGGUGCAGCAGAUCCUUAGACUUCUUAAUACUAUAUUUUGGUGCAAUAAACUUGAA